AUGAAUAAAUAUUAUGUCUAUCAAGGUAACAACAGCCGUCUCUUCUUACGCCCUCUCCUCGAGAAGCGAGGAAACUGAGUAGAAGUAUCCGAACAAGAAGCUUCAGAGUUAAAACUCAAUUUCAUUUGAAAACCCACCAUAUUAUCAGUCAGAGUACUCUUUACUUAGGCUUAUAGUCAGCUAGAUCAAAUCCACCGUCAAGGCUUUGGGCCUAUGAUCCAUAAUCACCUUGAAAACAAUCGAGUUAUUACAACAAAGCCUGGGUUGAUUCGUUCCCUUCGCCAAUUUUAUUCAACUAAUGAGCAGGCUAUUUCUGCUGGCUACAAUGUCCACGAUACAAUUGCUACAUCUUUUAUUAUAACAGCCCAAGUUGAAGAUUCAGAAUAUAGACAAUUCCAAGCAAGGUAUCAUGAAAUUCAAAAUUUAACUUCUUAUAAAGAAAGAACGCCUAUAAAGCACUGUGAGAAAAAUAUGUGGCUGAUCAAGCCUGCUCAUUUAAACCAAGGCAAAGGGAUUGAGAUAUGCAGAAAUCUGAAAGAAAUAAAAUCGAUAUUAAAAAGCAAGCAGAUGCAUACAAUUUGGCUUAUACAAAAAUAUAUUGAAAGACCUUUAUUAUUUAAAGGGAGAAAAUUUGAUAUAAGAGUAUGGGCUGUAGGGACAGCGAAAUAUGAGUUUUUCUAUUACAGACAUGGGUAUUUAAGGACUUCAAGCUCAGAAUAUGACACUCAAGGCAAGGACAAUUUCAUCCAUUUAACUAACAACUGUUUACAGAAAUACGGAGAAAACUAUGGAGUCCAUGAAGAAGGAAAUACCUUGAGCUUCCAAGCAUUUCAAGAGUAUUUAGAUGAAACUUUUCCUCAAUUGCAUAUCAAUUUUUGGGAGCACAUUCUUCCAAGAAUAAAAGACUUGAUGGUCGAUUCAUACUUGAGCGGAAAAAAAGAAAUGCACUCAGGGAAAAGAAAGCUUGUUUUCGAGUUGUUUGGGUUUGACUUUUUGAUUGAUGAAGAUUUCAGGGUAUGGCUAAUUGAAGUCAAUACAAAUCCAUAUCUAGGAGUUCCGAAUGAAUAUAUUGAAGGUUUGCUUCCUAAAAUGCUUGAUGACUUGUUAGCAAUUACAGUGGAUGCUCAUAUUCCUCCGAAAAAUCCGAGGACAAGAACUGAAAAUGAUUAUGAGCUUCUUUAUUGUGAAGCAGGAUCAACUUUUUCGCCUGAAGGAAAUUCAGUAAACCAAAGGCAGCAUUAUUCAGUCCCAAUUUAUCCUUUUUCUGAACUAGCUCAAUCUCCGAUGUGUAAAGCAAUUCCUCAGAAGCCAGAAUCAGAGCAAGCUGCUAUUGAACAGCAGCAAAUUCAACAGCAAAGCACGAAGAUCGUUGCAAGAGACACCUUAAACACUAUUAAAGAUCUCUUGGAUUCUACCUACAUCAAAGACAUUGUCGACUUUGCAACUGUUACUUCAAGAUUAAUGAGCCAACUAAACAAUUGGGAAUUAAUGUCAGAGGAGCAAAUAAACACAAGCUUACAAGCUUUGAACUUACUGGUAUCAAGUGUUGGUUUAGGAGCUUUAAUUGCUUAUAAUCAUAUUCAAAGUUUAAUGAAUUUAUGUAUAUCUGAAAAUGUGCCAAAAAAUAUUCAAGUUGGUGCAUUAAAUAGUCUUGCCGUGGGGUGCCAGGAUACCACUUUUCGAAAAGAGAUGAUAAAAAUUGGUUUAUGCGAAAAUCUGAUAAAUUUAGUUUACAAUAAAAAUAUAGAUGAAAGUGCGACUGAAGCAGCUUUAAAAGCAAUUUUUGUAAUUAGCACCCACUCUACCAAGAAAGUGUAUAUACCAGGGAAAACAAGGGAUCAUAAUUGGAUCAGAGCUAAAAUAAUAUGUGAAGGCAUUUUGAUGUGUCUUUAUAAGCUGAAAAAUGAGUCUGAAGAAAACAAAAGUGAAAUGAUAGAUAAACACUUAAAAGCUGAAUUCAGUCUACCUGACUGGGAUCUACAAAUAAGUGUGCUAGAAACUCUUCUUGGAGAAGAAAAAAGGAUUGAAAACCCUUUAUCUUCUCCAAAAGGCUCAAAAAAGCGAUCAAGCAUCACAGAACUUCAAAGCUUAUCAGAGCUAGUAAAAUUCCCUUCAAUUUUGUCAGAUCCUAAUUUUCUACAGCAAAGUUUAUCUGAAAUCAAAGAUUACUGUAAUGAAAGAAGAGAAGACUAUAAUAGAUUAGUAGAGUCAGAAAAGCGCAAAAAACAGCUUGAGUUAGAAGAAAAAAUAAAGCAAAAAGAAUUAGAAGAUAGACUUAACGAAGAGAAAAAAAUAAAAGUAGAAGAAUAUGCUAUUAAACGAUUUGAAGAAAUUAGGAGGCAAAAGACAGUUGAAAGCAAAAAAGUAAAAGAAAAAGAUGAAAAAUUUGACCAGACUAAAAGGGCGCUUUUGUUGGAAAAAGCUCAGAGGUUAGAAGAAGCGAAAAGGAAUGAAAAAAUAAAGCAGAAACAGAAGGUGGAAGAUUUGAAAAGAGAGGAAGCAGAGAGAAGGAAAGAACUUGAAGAAAAAAGGAAAAAAGCAUUAGAAGAAUGAUUCAAAGUGAAGGCUGAGCAGGAGAGAGAAAAGAAGUUGCAGCUCAAACAGAAGCUAGAAGAAGAACUUUUAAGGAAAAAUUUGGAGUUUCAUGCAAGAAAAGAAGAAAUAUUAAAGCAAUCUGAAGAAAUUAAAAAGAGAAAUGAAAUCAAAGAAGCUAACAAAGAAAAUAAAAUUAAGCUGGAGGGCGGACUGGAAAUUAUAGAAGAAAACUCAGUAUCUAUGAUAGAAGAUUCAAAUAAAAAUAAGUCAAUAAAACAGCUAAAUACUGGGCCUAAUAUAACACCUACAAUGAAAGAUUUUAGGAUUAAAACUAUCAAAAAAAGACCAGUCAUGGAUAAAUUUUUGUAUAAAGUUUAUUGUAGUAUUCCAAGUAAUUUUCGAAUAGGAACCUCUUAGAAGAGAUCAUGGAAGGUCACAAUCGAAAAAGGAAAUAUAUAGAACUGAUCGAGCUGAUUCCACUGAGCAGAGGAAGCAAGCCUUAGAACAGUCCAGUGAAAUCGAAAAUUUCAACAAAACCGAAUUAAUAAAAAUCCAUGAGGAGUCUAUCUCUACCCCCAGAUAG